AUGAAGGCGACCUGGCAUGCGCGAAAUCAGACCCGAUUUCAAAAUAUUGUGCUUCUGUGGAAGUCUUCUUGCAAUUCUAUUAUCUCUUCAUCGUCUUUGGCGGACAACAAGUGUAAUCAUUCACCCAACUCUUCUAUAACGGAGUUUGUUAUUUUAAAAAAAACUUUAUUGUUCAAAUUCAUCCUCCCAAGUCCAAGAUUUAGAAAGAGGUUUUGUGGAGUCUCCUUCAUUUUGGUUGGAUCAAAGUCAAUAUCGACGGGGCUUCCAGAGGUCUUCCGAUCAGAACUGCUUGUGGUGGAAUUUUUAGGAAUCAUUUUGGUGAGCAUAUAG